GGGGCCGCCAAUGGGGGCGACGGGCGACGCGGAGCAGCCGCGGGGGCCCGGCGGGGCCGAGCGGGGCGGGCCCGAGCUGGGGGACGCGGGGCCGCUGGUGCCGACGAAGGCGCGGGGCCGCGACUCUGCGGGCUGCACACCUGCCCUCGGCCGCCCCCAGCCCUCGCGCCGGCCCCGCGGUGGGCGACGCGGCGAGAGCGCCCCGGCGGGCCGCGCCGCGGUGACCUCCGUCCCUUGGUCCCCACAGAACCCGUGGAACAUCAUGAUAAAGCACCGGCAGGUGCAGCGAAGGGGCCGCCGCUCCCAGAUGACCACGAGUUUCACAGAUCCUGCGAUCUCCAUGGACCUCCUCCGCGCUGUCCUGCAGCCCAGCAUCAACGAGGAGAUCCAGACUGUCUUCAACAAGUACAUGAAGUUCUUCCAGAAGGCAGCCCUGAACGUGCGGGACAACAUCGGGGAGGAAGUGGAUGCUGAGCAGCUGAUCCAGGAGGCCUGUCGCAGCUGCCUGGAGCAGGCCAAGCUCCUGUUUUCCGACGGAGAAAAAGUGAUCCCCAGAUUGACUCAUGAGCUUCCUGGGAUAAAGCGUGGCCGGCAGGUGGAAGAGGACUGCGCCCUUCGGGGAAGCCCCAUUCCCAAAAAGAGGAAGGGACGGCCUCCUGGGCACAUCCUGUCAAAUGACCGGGCAGCCGCCGGCAUGGUAUGGAAACCAAAAUCCUGUGAACCAAUUCGCCGAGAAGGCCCCAAGUGGGAUCCCGCUCGCCUCAAUGAGUCAACCACCUUUGUGCUGGGCUCACGUGCCAACAAGGCCCUGGGGAUGGGGGGCACCAGAGGGAGAAUCUACAUCAAGCACCCACACCUCUUUAAGUAUGCAGCUGACCCCCAGGACAAGCACUGGCUGGCCGAGCAGCAUCACAUGAGGGCGACCGGGGGGAAGAUGGCCUACCUCCUCAUUGAGGAGGACAUUCGGGACCUUGCUGCCAGCGAUGACUACAGAGGCUGCCUGGACCUGAAGUUAGACGAACUGAAGUCCUUUGUCCUGCCCUCCUGGAUGGUGGAGAAGAUGCGGAAGUACAUGGAGACACUACGGACAGAGAAUGAGCAUCGCGCCGUGGAAGCUCCCCCGCAGACCUGAAUGGGUGGCCUGGCCAGUUGUGGCAGCCCUCCAGGGCGCUCCGACCCGCAUGGCCAAGGCCUCUGCCGGACUGUUCGACCGUGGGUCUCAGCAACAUUAAGCUGUGCCUGGGCUAGUCUGUAGUGAGUCAUUACAGAGCAGCCCAGACGGGGCACAUAGUUCUUUAUUUGUAAAGUUAUUGGGAUAAGAAACAAUUAAGCAGUUUGUAAUAAAGACAGGUGGUGAACCUGC